AUGGAUCCAAAACCCCACAAUAAUCAAUCCAGCCAACCAAACAAGCCCGACCCCGCCAAGAAACAGUCCAAGGACCGGCACACUAAGGUCGACGGUCGAGGCCGGCGAAUCCGCAUGCCGGCCCUCUGCGCGGCCCGCGUCUUCCAGCUCACUCGUGAGCUCGGCCACCGGUCGGACGGCGAGACCAUCGAGUGGCUCCUCCACCACGCGGAGCCGGCCAUCAUCGCCGCCACCGGCUCCGGCACCGUCCCAGCCAACUUCUCCACCCUCAGCACCUCCCUCCGAGGCGGCGCCGGCACCAUGUGGGCCCGGCCCGGCCCACCGCUACUUGGGCCCGGCUCGGAUGAGCCCGGCCUACUCGGGAAGCGGGCCCACCGCGAGGAGGAGGAGGAGGACGACGCGGGUUCGCCCGAGCCUGGUAGGGUAGUCCGGGCCCGGGCCCAAGAGCCCGUGUGGGCUCUGGCCCGGAUGCUGCCGGCCAUGCAGCAGGAGUGGCUGUAUAGGGCGGCCCAAAUGCAGAGAGUAAGUGGACCGGGCCUGUUCAGCCCGGUCCAAUUCGGGUCGUUGGUGGUGCAGCAGCACCAGCAGCAGCAGAGCCCGGUUCACCAGCUGGGUCUAGGUGUUGCUGAAACGAAUCUGGGGGUGUUGGCCUCUUUUAAUGCUUUUAGUGAUGAAACUUAA